AUGCCCAAGAAGCUGCUGCUGCUGCCGCCGCUGUCCGUGUCCUCGGCCUUCCGCGCCCCGCGGGUCAGCGCCGCCGCCCGCCUGGCCAUGAACGCCGCCCGCACCGGCUACCGGGUCUUCUCGGCCAACUCCACGGCCGCGUGCACCGAGCUGGCCAAGCGCAUCACCGAGCGGCUGGGCGCUGAGCUGGGGAAGUCCGUGGUGUACCAGGAGACCAAUGGAGAAACAAGAGUUGAAAUAAAAGAAUCUGUUCGAGGCCAAGACGUUUUCAUCAUACAGACGAUCCCCAGAGACGUGAACACCGCUGUGAUGGAGCUGCUGAUCAUGGCCUAUGCGCUGAAGACCGCCUGCGCCAGGAACAUCAUUGGCGUCAUCCCCUACUUCCCCUACAGCAAGCAGAGCAAGAUGCGGAAGAGGGGCUCCAUCGUGUGCAAGCUGCUGGCGUCCAUGCUGGCCAGAGCGGGUCUAACUCACAUUAUCACUAUGGAUCUUCACCAGAAGGAAAUCCAAGGCUUUUUCAGCUUUCCCGUGGACAACCUGAGAGCCUCACCUUUCCUGCUUCAGUACAUCCAGGAAGAAAUUCCAAAUUACAGAAACGCAGUCAUUGUAGCUAAGUCUCCUGAUGCUGCGAAAAGGGCCCAGUCCUAUGCGGAGAGGCUGCGGCUGGGCUUGGCCGUCAUCCACGGGGAGGCGCAGUGCACUGAGCUGGACAUGGACGACGGCCGCCACUCGCCCCCAAUGGUCAAGAACGCCACGGUGCACCCCGGCCUGGAGCUGCCCUUGAUGAUGGCCAAAGAGAAGCCGCCGAUCACCGUGGUUGGGGACGUCGGCGGGAGCAUCGCCAUCAUCGUGGAUGACAUCAUUGAUGACGUGGAAAGCUUUGUUGCUGCUGCAGAGAUCCUGAAAGAGAGAGGCGCUUAUAAGAUCUACGUCAUGGCCACCCACGGCAUCCUGUCCGCAGAGGCCCCGCGCCUGAUCGAGGAGUCCUCCAUCGAUGAGGUGGUGGUGACCAACACUGUCCCCCACGAGGUGCAGAAACUGCAGUGCCCCAAGAUCAAGACGGUGGACAUCAGCCUGAUCCUCUCCGAGGCCAUCCGCAGGAUCCACAACGGGGAGUCCAUGGCGUACCUCUUCCGGAACAUCACCGUGGACGACUAG